CCGUCUGAUUCUCAUCAACGUGACGUCACUUCGCGAGCUGUCCGCGGUGCUGAAGCAAGAUGGCAGUGCGCUAGAGGCGACCAACUGAUGGACUAAAAGUGCUUUACACGGACAUUAUCUGUUCAUUGAGCGGUUUGUGCGUUUAUUUGAGCGAUUCUGAAGCCAUGGCUGUGUUUUGAGUGGAAAACGGCUGAAUUAAAUCACAGCACGUAUAACGGACCGUCCCGUUCCGGAGGUCGACGCGAUGUCUCUGCUCUGCGUCGGUGUGAAGAAGGCCAAGUAUGAUGGACCCCAGGAGAAAUUCAACACAUACGUGACUCUAAAGGUUCAGAAUGUGAAAAGCACCACCAUCGCUGUUCGGGGCAGUGAUCCAAGCUGGGAGCAGGACUUCAUGUUUGAGAUCAAUCGUCUGGAUCUGGGACUCACAGUGGAGGUGUGGAAUAAAGGUCUGAUCUGGGACACCAUGGUCGGGUAUGUCUGGAUGCCGCUGCAGAGUAUUCGGCAGUCGAAUGAGGAAGGACCAGGAGAAUGGCUGACUCUGGACUCUCAGGUUAUCAUGGCGGAUAAUGAAAUUUGUGGCACCAAAGAUCCAACAUUCCACCGUCUGCUUCUGGACACUCGCUUUGAACUGCCGCUCGAUAUCCCAGAAGAAGAGGCUCGAUACUGGGCCAAAAAACUGGAGCAGAUCAACGCCAUGCGGGACCAGGAUUAUUCAUAUCAGGAGGUUCAGGAGAGGCCUCUGUCUGUGCCGGGAUCACAGUGCUGUAACUGGUGGGGUGACCAGCAGAACAAUGAUGCAGACAGUGCGAUGGAUGACCGAGACAGUGAUUACCGCAGUGAGACCAGUAACAGUAUCCCACCACCGUUCUACUCCACGUCUCAACCCAAUGCCUCAGUCCACCAGUAUCCCAUAAACCACCAGCACCGAAACCCCAGAGCACCGUACAGCCGAACUAUCAACAACUGUGAGCUGGACUACGACCAGCAGAGAACCGUCAGUCCGACCGGGAGCUAUGCAUCCUCUGCCGAACUCAGUCGCUGUAGUUCUCAACUGAGCGAAGAAUACGCCGAGCGUGAACUGUACGAUGAGAACGACUCGUACCACUCCUGCCACUCCUCAGUGUCCUACAGCAAGGGUUCACCAGAUUGGGACGAGACCCAGUGUGCGUACAGCGACGAGUGUGCCUACAGUAAAGAUGGCGGAGAAGAAGGUGCAUUAUAUGAAGAAGAUGAUGGUGAUCUGUACCCAGAAGAGGUGGACAUGUAUGAAGGAGAGGAGGACUUCAAUUAUGAAGAGUUAGACGAGGACCAAGAACUUCCGUUUACACCAACACCAACUAGUACCGCACCAAUAACGGAUGCUCAAACGUCCGCCAGACCUCCUUUAGAGAAGCAAAACUCGCUUCACCAACAGCAAACACCACCUCAGAAUGCAAGCCAACCGACCAAUCAGACACAAGCCCAACCACCAAUCAAACCUGCAAUCCAGCAAAGCCCCGCCCCCCAGCAGCCGCCCCCAAAACAGCAGCCUCCACCACAACAACAAUCUUCCGGCCCGAUUCCUUCGGUUCAAUCCUUCUUCGCUAUGGCUAAACCAUUGACUGCAGUGUUUGGAUUGGGUGGAUCUACACCCACACCACCUCCUCCAGCACCAACAACUCAAUCCCAACCUCAACCAAUGACAACACAAUCCCAAACUCCAGUCGCUCCACCUCCAGCUCCAUCCACGCAACAGAUGCCUCCAGUUACCAACAAAUCUUUCGAGAUUCCGGUUGAAGAUCCGAUUAUCACUUCUGCACCUGAACCGAAACCUCCAACCCCUGCUGAGGAGAAACCACCCACUGUAGAGCCACCAAUGGAGGAGGAAAAUCCCAUUCAAGAAGACGAUUUCCCAAUGGAAGAGCCUUUGGUGGAGGAAAUUAAGAUGGAGAGUCCUCCUCUAUCGCCCCCUUAUGAAGAGGAGCAACUGAUGCCUGAACCUGAAAGUGAGCCGGUGAUUGAGGAGCCGAAGGAGCCUGUGGAUCCAGCACUCAGAGCUAAAGAGAACUGGCUGAGAAUCUUUGAGAAAGUCCGACGACAGCUGCAGGAGGCUCGAGGAGAAACAGACUCUCAGUCUCUGUGGUUUGGUAAAGGAGGCAUGGGCGGAGCCCUGUACAGCAUCGACAGCAUGCCGGAUCUGAGGAAGAGGAAAACCAUUCCACUGGUCCGAGAUCUGGCUAUGUCUCUGGUCCAGAACUCUCGAAAGGCCGGCAUCACAUCUGCUAUGGCCUCCAGUACACUCAACAAUGAGGAGCUGAAGAGUCAUGUGUACAAGAAGACGCUGCAGGCCCUGAUUUACCCGAUCUCCUGCACCACACCGCACAACUUCGAGGUCUGGACGGCCACAACGCCCACCUACUGCUACGAGUGUGAGGGUCUGCUGUGGGGCAUCGCGCGCCAGGGCAUGCGCUGCUCUGAGUGUGGUGUCAAGUGCCACGAUAAAUGCCAAGACCUGCUGAACGCAGACUGCCUGCAGAGAGCGGCUGAGAAGAGCUCCAAACACGGAGCCGAGGACCGAACGCAGAACAUCAUCAUGGUUCUGAAGGACCGCAUGAAGAUCCGCGAGCGCAACAAACCCGAGAUAUUCGAGCUGAUCCAGGAGGUGUUUGACGAACCCAAAGCCAGCCACGGCACACAGAUGAAGCAGAUCAAGCAGAGCGUCCUGGACGGCACAUCUAAGUGGUCUGCUAAAAUCAGCAUCACAGUGUGCUGUGCUCAGGGUCUGCAGGCCAAGGAUAAGACGGGCUCCAGUGAUCCGUACGUCACUGUACAGGUGGGUAAAACCAAGAAGAGGACCAAGACCAUCUACGGAAACCUCAACCCCAUCUGGGACGAGAGCUUUCACUUCGAGUGUCAUAACUCCUCGGACCGGAUAAAAGUGCGCGUCUGGGAUGAAGACGACGACAUCAAAUCUCGUGUGAAGCAGCGGUUCAAGCGCGAGUCUGAUGACUUUCUGGGUCAGACCAUUAUUGAAGUGAGAACGCUGAGCGGAGAAAUGGACGUUUGGUACAACCUCGACAAGCGCACCGAUAAGUCUGCUGUGUCAGGAGCCAUACGUAUGCACAUCAGUGUGGAGAUCAAAGGAGAAGAAACUGUGGCUCCAUAUCACGUCCAGUACACCUGUCUGCAUGAGCACAUCUUCCACUACACCACAGAGAAGCAGAACGGCGGUGCCCGUGAUGUUCCAAUAACAUAUUGUUAUUGA